AUGCCCCAGUUCAGUCUCCUUCCUUUCAUCGCCAAAACGAUCCAUCCACGGUCAGCCCCGGGUGCCCGAGGCUUUGCAGGCGCCGAGCGCCACCUCCCCUCUGGUGACUCCAGUCCCUGGCCACACAGCUCGAGCCAGGACAAGCGGGGGCCGACGGCCUCCUCCAGCGACACCCCCAAACCGAGUGUGGGAUCUCCGGGAACCCCGGCAGGGGCCCGCCUCUCCCCCUCCCCCGCCCCGCGCUCCGGCCCGGCGAGGGCGCGCAGCCUCGGAUCGCGCGCCCCGAACGCCGCGCAUACCCGGGCAGGAGCGGGGCCGGGGCGGGGCCGGGGCGGGGCGCCGGGCCGCCAGGCCUCCCGCCGGCUCUGCGCCCGCCGUGGGGCGGCCUUGGGGGCGCGUUUGGGCCGGCGGGCCGGGCCCGACGCGAGUUCGGAGGCCGGGGCGGCGGCGCGGUGCGGGCCCGCGCCUUAGGAGCGCCGGGUGCGCGGGCUCCGCGAGAUCCAGUCCACGCUCCACGAGCCGCCCGAGCGCGCCCGGCACCUGCGGCGCCUCCUGCGCCAGGCGAGAGUAGGAGAGGGCCGGCCGGGGCUGAAGGCCGGGGAGGGGCCGGGAGGCAGUACGGAGCGGGUCGCGCGCGCCGGGCGGUUCCCAGGGGAGGGGACGAUGGGGGUAUCGUCUGGCCCGCGGGGCGAGGCAGGCACGGAGAGCAGUGGCCUACAGCUGGGGAGGGGCUCCCUGGACAGUCCCCAGAACCUGGGGAAGCCGAGCCCCGCCCGGCUGGUCAGCGGGUGCAGCAGCCUCACCCUGGCAGCUCAGACAAGGCCCGUCUUCCUCACGGGCAGCGCCCGGGGCCGCCGAGGACACACACCUGGCACCUGCUGUGCCUCGCAGCAUCGCGUCAGGGUGGGCGGGGCCCUGGCUCCACAGACGCCCUGCCCGGGGCCCCUCAGGAGUCACCACCCGCCCGCAGCUUCCCUCUCUGGCAAGUCCCGGCGCCCUGCGGCGGCCGCCACCCCGCCCAUGCGCCGAGAUCAGCCUGGUCUGCAGGUGGACGGGGGCUUGGAGAAGAGGGGCAAGCCCAGCGAAGUGGGGGCCAGCCGAGGCCGGAGCCCGCCCCUCUGGGCUCCACAGGCAGGAAGGCUGGGGCUGGCCCUUUCGGGGGAGCUGUCCACGCCUGCAGAAGCGUCCAGCUGCCCUGGACAGUUGGCCCAUCGCUACUGUGCAGGGGGUGGGGGGCGGGGGAAGGAGGCCCGGCAAGCCUGGGGCGGGGGCAGUGGUUGGGAGGGCGUCCAGGGCGGGGAGGCCAUGGCCCUGGCUCACUCCACUCUCAGCACGUGCAGGACUUGGGCCAGGAGGGGGCCCUGCUCUGUAGGAACGCGGCCUUCCUCAGCCUGCCCAUGCCUGCUUGGGCCCCUGGCCCUUGACCUGCAGCGCCCCGGGCUGGGCGGCCUGGUGGAUGGGAGCCUGGAGCUGCCCUCGGGGGGCCCCCCACUGGCCUGCUGCAUGCGUGGCCUCAGAACAAGGGUCAGUGUCCGUCUCUGGGACCCCGUGCCAGCGUCGUGUGUGAGGCUGGCCUGCAGCGGCAGCCCGUGGGAACCCUGCCGCCCCAGCCCCGGGGUGCCACCUGUCGUCUGGACCCGUUUCCUGAGCCGUGGGCCCGGCCCCGGGACCCAGGCAGGGGGUCACAUGGAGAACCUUCGGGAUCCACAACACCCUGACAGAUCCAACCUGUGGCCGCCGCAGCCCCUGGUCACAAUGAGCCCGGGCGUGAGACAGGGCAGCCCCCCGGGCCCGGCCGGCUCUGAGCCGCUGCAUGCAGGUGCAGCGGUCGCCACGGGCGCCCUGAGGCUGGCCUGGAGCCGUUGCGGGGACCCCGGGCUUGCUGCCACUACCCAGUCCACGGGCGCCAGCCCGCUGGACGGGGAGAGGGGGGAGGGCGUGCUGACCUGGCUGGCUCCUGUUUCCUGGGGUGGCGUGGGGGCAGCAGGGCUCCCUGGAGGGGCCUGGUCCCGGGGGGGCGCCGAGGGUGCGCAGGGAGCCGGCGGGUGGCCCGAGGCUCUGGCCCGGGGCCUGAGGACCGGGAACAAGGGCCCAUUGUCUGGGCCUCCUCCCGCCGGGCCCCGCGGGCCUCGGACCAGCCUGUCCAGCUCCCAGCGGGCAGCCUCUCCUGGCUGCAAGCCAGGCUGCGGCGGGGGGCGGGGGGCACCCGGAGCUCAGAGUCCUCAGGCAGGACCUGCCGGCAGCUCGUCUGCGGUCUUGCCCUUCACGCCUGGCAGCCGCAGGGGCCCGCCCGCCCUGGAGGGAGGCCCAGGGCUGGAGAGGGGGCGGGCACGCGGACCCCCAGGCGGAGGCGCCCCCUCGCUGCACGUUCCGUGGGAGCCGCUGUCUGCCCUGCCCUCUGCGCCUCGCCUGGCCCAGGGCCCGGUCCCCCUGGACCAAAAUGACCUCAGCGGCGGGUCGCCGCCUGUGUCCAGGGUGGAGGUGGCGGGGCCCUUGCUCAGGCCGUCCCCACCUGUGACUCUCGGCCGUCACGCGCUACCUGGGCUGGCGGGGCUGGCCCUGAGCUUCACAGGGCUCAGCGAUGGGCUGCCGUGCCCGCUGCUGCCCAGCCUCUGAGUCAGCCCUGCAGCCCAGCUCCUGCCCAACGGCGACCGGCUGACGUGGGCCACCGCCUGCGAGCUCGCCAAGGCCCUCGUCACCGCAAAGCUCCCGGCACUGGCCUGGAGCAACGUGGACACGGCCUCCCCUCCCCAGCCCCUGCUGGCCAGCCUGCGCUGGAGGCUGAGCCAGUGCCUCUCGCUGCCCACCAUCCACGAGGGCCUGGACCCGAGGCCCCGGCCCUGGCAUCCCCCUGGGGCUCUGCGGCUGCGGGGCCCGCGCCCCAAGCCUGCUGCUCCACGUGACCCGUGGGCGGAGGCCCCUGGAGCCAGUGCGCAGAGGAGGAGGAGGGCCCCAUGCUUUGCAGACCCCACAAUAAAGGGCCACGUCCUCUCCGCCUCAGCCUUUCUGCACCGUGGGCCUCGGGGGCUACUGGGCCCCAGCCCGGCCACUGGGGUGAGCAGAAGGGGGGCCCCGCCUGCCCUCAAGGGAGGGACCAGACUCACUCUGGCCUCCCCUGGGUGCUCCUGGGAGACUGGAGAAGUGGGAGUCCGUCUGUGGGCGGGGCCUUGGAGGAGACCUCCGGGACCCGGCCCUCGGGCCGGGGCAGGGCCUGAGCACCUGGAGGACGGGACCAGAGUGGGCCAGGCUCCCGCCUGAGCCCAGGCUGCUGAACCCGCGCCCCCCCAGCAACCGGGACUCCCUGGGCCGGGCGCACAACUGUGCCGGCGGGGCCAGGCCCGUCUCCCGCGGGGCGUAUAGGGCUGCCCGGCCGCCAGGACUCCUGUACUUGGCGAGUGGGCAGCUCCCCGGGGCAGGGGAGGAGAGACAGCCGUCAGAGACAAAGAGCUCUGUGUUCCCUGCAGGCCCUGGGGGCCCCCACGCAGAGUCCUCCCCCGUGGGGAAACCCAAGGGCGCACGCGGGGUGGGGGUGGGGGACAGGCGGAGCCCCACAGGCGGGCUGCAGACCAGAUGCCUCGCCACCCGCCCAGGCCCGUGUGGGAGGCUGGAGCUCAGCCCCGCUGGGAGCUGGGCAGGGAGGCCAAGCGAGUUGAGCGGCGUCACCGUGCCUGGCCCAGGGCUCCCCUGCAGGUCAGCGCCGGGGGUGGCAGGGUCCUGCCGGGCGGGGGGAGACCCCCGCCUCGGGUAGCGCCCCCGCAGACCCUCCCCAGAGCUCCGGCCCUCGGCGGACUGCAAGCCGGCACCGACACACGUCUGUUGUCGGCCGGACACGGGGCAGCAUCUUGGGCCAGAAGGGCGGCAUCAGGCCCAGGAGGUCAGGAGGCGGUGAGGUCAGGCCCCUGCCUCCCUGCGCCCGGGCGAGCCCUCCUGGGAGGCCUGAGUGGACCCGUUCAGCCCAGCUCUGCUCCCCUCCGUGCACGGGCUCCCUCCGCUCUCUGCCAUGGGGACCUGGCCCCUCCCCAGCCUCCCUGCUUUAACGCCACGGACCUGCCCAGUGGCCCCCACUCUGGGACAGUGGGCUCGGGCCCCCAGGGGCUGGGAGGAUGAGGAGGCCAGCCCGGGCCGGGCGAGCUGCUGAGCUGCAUCCUCCCUGCCCACCCGGGCCUGCGUCUGCCACAGACCUGGGGCCUGAUGACCGUGACCGCGUGGAGG